AUGUCGGCGGCGGGGCUGGGGCUGGAGCCGGCGGCGCUGCGCCGGCUGAGCGGCGCCGUGCUGCGCCUGGCGCUGCUGCCGGGGCUGGUGGAGGUGGCGGCCGUCGCCGUCGCCUCCUACCUGCUGCUCAACCUGCCCUGGCUCUGGGGCGCUAUGCUCGGCCUGCGGAAGAGGGGCUUCGUCGUGGACGGCGGCAUCGCAACCAUCAUCGUGGCCGCCGCCAGCCUCGACGACGUGAUCGCCUUCACCGCCUUCCAGGGCAUCUUCAGCGUCAUCUUCAGCUCCGGUGACUUGGGAUGGCGGCUGUCGCAAGGUCCCAUUGGGCUGUUGAUAGGUCUUGGGUUUGGACUGACAUGGGGCGCCUUCUGUGGCUUCGUUCCUCACCACACCAUCGCGGCGCUGGGCCCCGUAGCCCUGGACGCAGCGCGCGCCCUGCAGCCGCCCUCCCCGCUGGCCGUGGCGCGCGGACGCGUCCUCCUCAACGUGAACGUGCUGAGCAUCCUGCUGACGGCGCCGGCCGGCGCGGCCUUCAUGGCCCUGGGCGGGCCGCGCCUGCUGCGGCGUCGCGCCCACGCUCAGCAGCUGCCGGGCCCGCCGCGAACGCCCGACGCCGAGACGCCCGUGCCUCAGUCCUCCGGGGACCACACCGCCCCCUAG